AUGGGCUCACAUGGUGCCGGCGCGUGUGAUUGUUGUGGCGGAGGCGCGGGUGGAGCAUCCUCCACAGCCAGCAACAACGGCAAUAACGACGCGCCACAGCGGGCACAGCAAGCGGACAAUGUCAACAAUAGCCCGCAGCGCCAACGCCAACAAGGCCAACAAGGCCAACACGAGCAAGAGCAGCAACAGGCGCCGCACAUGCUUGGGGCUGCUGCCGCGUUGCAUUUGCGACGCGAGCGGGAUCCGCCACAGUUGCCGCCACUACCCAUUGCACCGAUAAUGCCGCCACGCCCACCAGCUGCACAGCCACAACCACAACAUCGCUUGGGCGUGCCUGCCGUAGCGAUAAUUGCGCCACGAGGCAGCCGUCACCUGCAAUCGCAGGACUCGCAGAACAACAACAAUAGCUUAGUUGGCGGCGCCGACCACUCCAAUCAAACUCAACACGCCAGCAUCGCACACUAUAUCAACCAGGUGAAUUUGCAUAUGAAUCUCACCAACAACAAUAACAAUAAUAACACCAGCAAUACUGCUGGCGGUGGAGGCACCUAUGGUGGGGGCAACAACAAUAACAUGCUGAGUGUCAGCGCGACCACCAGUAGUGGCCAGCACAACUACAACAACAAUCACAUAUAUGUAAAUCCGCACUCGUACGACAUGCAAGCGGCGAGCGGCGCCACACCGCGCUUGCAGUACAACAACAAUGCCACCAAUAUGACCACCAGCACCAAUAACAACAAUGUCAACAACAGCAACAACAUGCACUCGAACACCAAUACUAACACGAAUAACAGCAACACGAGUACCUCGCAACGCACCACCGCCACCGGUUCGACAGCGGUCGCUCUACCACUGCAACCGCCACCGACACACGCACAAACACAGCCACCGCCACAGAUCACCACCACUGGCGUUGGACCGCCCGGAUUCGAUUGGCAUUUCACAAAUGGCAGUAGCACCGCUGCCGGUACAUUUGGCGGUUUCGAGCUAACGCGCCAGUUCACCUCCUCCACACUGAGUACACUCAAUACAUAUCUAUUUCCCUGUGGUGCCGAUUCGGCUGGCACCAUUGGCGGUGUAACGCUGAAUAGCGGCAGCGGUUCAUGCGAUUUGGACAGCAAUUUCAGUCAGAUGGUCGCCGGCAGCGAAGGUGGCGCAAGCUCUACCUUCAGCACGGGUCUGGGAUUCAUCAACAAGCGUCGCAUACGUCGACUCUUCGGCGUGGGUACACCCGAUUAUCGCUGCACAGGCGCAAACGCAGCAGCCGUACGCAGACGUAGUUCACCGCUGGUGCAAUUUCAAACUGCCGCUUUGGCGAAGAAGAAGCAGCAACAAAUGGAACGAGAAGCGACUGUGGCAUCGGCGAAUGCGGCACUCUUUGAGCAGAAGAAGAAGAAAAAGAAAGAGAAAAAGAAGACGCCCGGGCCGCCACCACAAGUGCGCGCGCAAGCAUCGCGUCAAAUGGAGGAUCCGAUGAUGAAUCGGCCACGCCGCAAUAACACAGCGACCACUAAGAAAGACAGAGAGAAGGAACAGCUGGAAUUUCAAUUGAAGAUCUUACAACAGCUGCAACAACAGCAAUUGCAGAAGCAACAACAACAAGAUGUGGAACUGGAUUUGGAUUAUACAUAUGAGAAGUACCCACUGAAAAAACAAUUUGCGUUAAUUUUUCCAAAGCACUUUUGCAGCGCGCCUACACUGCAAAAUCAACCGCAGUAA